CACACACACUCUACCUGGGGGAGAGUCGGAGUCAAUCAAGUCAGUUCUUAUCGGAUACACAGGUGAACACAGUCGCCACGUCUGUUGUACAAAGUGUUGUUGGUGUUUGGUUAUUACAGUCUACAUCAGGCCUCAUCGUCAUGACUGAGAACAACGGGCGGCAAGCGCCAUAAGUGAAGUUAACGGUAGCAGCGCUGUAUGGACGUAAGAAUGGACAUACCGCUGGCAGACUACGGCGAUGACGAUGAGGACAGCUACAGCAGCAGCCGCGACACCUCCGUCAGAAGCGACCUGUCAACCCUCUCUCACCUGACAGUGGACUCCGUGCUCGACGUGCUGGAGAGCCGCUACGCCGAGGAUGAGAUUUAUACCAGAUGCGGCGAUGUCCUCAUCUCCAUCAACCCAUUCAAGGAGCUGCCAAUCUAUGGAGAAGAGGUGCACCAGCAGUACCGCCCCAGUGAGCAGGUGCUGGGUGUGGAGCCCGAGGCGCACAUCUACUGGACCGCCCAGCUGGCCACCAGCAGGCGCGCGGCGCAGAAGACGGACCAGGUUGUCGUGGUUACCGGCGAGUCGGGGGCCGGCAAAACUGAGGCCACCAAGCUGAUGAUCAAACACAUUCUGUACUUGUCGGAACACCGCUUAGAGACACUGCCAGACAACAUCAACAAGGUCAACCCCCUGAUAGAACUGUUUGGGAAUGCCAAGACCAUUUUAAAUGUCAACUCAAGCAGAUUCGCAAAACAUUUGGAAAUGAAAUUCUCGGCAAAGGGUUCAGUUACUGGAGCUUUAAUUAGGGACUACAUUCUAGAGAAGUCCCGUGUAGUGACCCCUGCUAGUGGCGAGUCCAACUUUCACGUCUUCUACACAUUUCUGGACGAAGUGUUCAGCAGCCCUGAUCUUCAAGAACAGUUUUUCAUGACAGGGAUGAACCAGUUCACAGACUUCAGAAUCGUUCCCAAGAGCUCCUGGUUUCACAACAGUUCCAGAAUGCAGAGCCAUGAUGUGGUGGCGGUGUUCAAGGAACUUGGCCUCGAGCCAGAGGAAGUGGACAGCAUAAGAGCUGUAUUGGCCGCCAUCUUACAUUUGACUAACAUCAAGUUCAUCGAAGCGGAGGGAUCAACAGAUGCGGUGGAGGUGGAAAACGAAGAUACAAUGAACAAAGCCGCCAGCUUGCUCUGUAUUGCACCUGAAACACUGGCCAAGGUGCUUCUGACCACCAAGAAGACCUUCAGUGGCGAAGAGAUCGAGACGGUCAAGAACAUGGCGGCGGCGGAGGAGGGUCGAGAUGCUCUGGCCAAGGCUCUGUACGAGCGACUAUUCGGGUGGCUCAUCAGGCGAAUCAACAUGGCGCUUUCCUCCGACUCCCAGAAAUCUCAGGAACUAGGAGCUAGCAUAGGGUUUCUCGACAUUUGCGGUUUCGAGGACCUGAACAACAACUGUCUGGAGCAGCUGUGCAUCAACCUGGCCAACGAGCAUCUGCAGCAGUUCAUGAACAACAGGAUCUUCCACCAGGAACGGUCUCUCUACUCUUCGGAAGGAGUUCACAUCGACAUCAAAGACGUGCCAUCCAACGAAGCCAUCCUGAAAAUGUUUAACGAGCCUCCGGCGGGCAUACUGAACCUGAUCAACGAGGACACCCGGGUAGGCAUGUCCUCGGACAAGAAAUUAGUGCUCAAACUAACUCAACGGCAUGGUUCCAACACCGCCUUCAUGUCCUACAAGAACGACUCGCCUCGCUUUGGCAUCAAACACUUCGCGGUUCCGGUGUGGUACAAUGCAGAACAGUUCUUGGAGAAAAAUCGAGACAUGAUCAGCGUGGACAUCAAGCGGUCGCUGGUAUCCAGCACCAAUGUCUUCGUCAGUGACCUUUUCCAAGUCAAGAAAAGUUCAACGGGAACCAUCUCAAAGACGCCAUUUGAGUACCGAAUGUCCCAGAAGCAGGACUUUCUGUACACACGACCAAACCUCAACACGAAGCUCAGUUCCUCCAUCGUCCGGGACCUUCGCCAGAGCCUGAAACACCGUUUUGGGGAUCACGUCCCUAAAGAUAAAUUUGCUGACAAAGAGGGCCUGGCAACUCACAAUACUGUUCUGGACUACUUCAAGGCCUCCAUGGGGGAGCUCCUGGGUUUAAUGAAGCAGGCUAAUCCCUUAUUCGUAAAGUGUAUAAAGCCCAACGAUGAGCAGAAGCCAGAUCAGUUCGCCAAGAAAAAGGUUCGCCAGCAGCUGGACUACAACGGCAUCGCGGAAAUCGCUCGCAUCAGGAAAGUGUGGUUCCCCGUGCGAGUGACCCGGGAGCAGUUCCUCAAGAGUUACUGCGAGCUCGCGCCGGCUUCUAAAGACGAGAGGGACAAAAAGACAGCCCUGAAGAUAAUCUUCUCCCAGCUGGCCAUUCCUGACUCAGAGUUCAUGAUUGGGCACACACAGGUGUUUCUCAAAGAGCCAGCACUUGCAAUGCUGGAACAGAAGAAGGAACAAGCGCGGCAAGAGCAAGCACGGAAGGAGAAGGAAAAAGAAAAAAAGAGAGAAAUGGAAGAGAAAAGAAAAGAAGAAGAGAGGAAGAAAAAAGAUGAAGAAAAAAAGAAAAACGCCAGCAAGCUACGCAAUACAGACACUGGACUGGCACCGAACGUCACUCCCUUUGGGAUGGAGGUAGUUCCCGAAUUGCCGACACCCGACUCAUCGACGAGAGAUGACUGGAGGAAAACCCCUGGUGCCACCCCGAGUGCCUCUCCAGACAGCACCCCUACUACCUCUGCGGACAACUCCACCACCGCCACCCCGCAAUCGUCACAGAAAAACACGGAUGAUGGCGACACCACACACACCCCGAAUGAGACAGGCUACUUCUGGGACAUCUUCCGAAUCGUGGCUCGUGAGAAGCCGUCCACCGACAUCCACCACAUGCGGGCGAUGAAGAUCAUCAAGUUUAUUGCUUAUGUCUUGAUUCUCCUCUUCGUCCUUGUCUUCGCAGUCAUCCAGAAAGUCAGCUUGAUGCUGCUUGUUUCUGGUUCUAAUAAACAAUUCGCAAAUUCUCCCGUGGAGGUUAAAAAGGGGAAUGCAAACUACCUGCUGCUGACGGUGGCUGCCUGCAUCCCCUACGCCCUGACAUUCCUCAGCUGCGUGGGCAAGGCGCUCUUCGGCAACUACCGCAAACCGUCGUUUGGCACCUGGCUGUGGGUGUUCAUCAUGGAGAGCGCUCAUAGUUUCGGUCUCUCGCUGUUUCUGUUCCGCAUUCUGACGAGCGCGAGCACAGCUCACGGACUGUUGUUGAUGUCGCUGGUGGGGUUGCUGCCCGCCUUCUUCAAGGCCGUGGCCAGCGAGAACGUCACCGGCAGCGGCCGCCGCAACCCCACCAGCACAUCCCGCUACAUCAGCAUCGUCGUCGACGUCGUCAUCUGCCUGACACUUCCGGUCACUGUGUGGAUUUACGACUUUGUGAAAAGUGGAACGCAGUGGAUUACUGAUUCUGACAGCAAGAUGUUCAGCGGCUACACGGGGCUGACCAUCGCUGGAGCUUUCUUCUUCAUGGGCUGCGGCCACUGGGAGAACUUCGUGGAUGGGAGGUUCAUCGUCCGCUUGAAGGACCAGAACAUCUUCAAGAACUUCAUUCUGAAGAGACGAUAUGACCUGGAGAGAGGGCGCUUCAUCCUGAUGCUUGUGGUCAGCCUGUGGAAAAUUGCUGUCACGAUUGGACUGGGGUACAUCUUCAGGGAUGUCGGUUACCUUGACUACAGAGAGGCGUUCGAUGCCCUGAGACCAACACAGCUGGAGUGGACAGCCAUUUCUCCCAUUAUUGCUUUGACCCUUUGUGCAUUCGCCUGCUACUACUUCGCCUACAUCGCCUGCAAGCUGUGGAUGCAGAAAGUGUCGUUUGCUUAUCCUCUGUCCAUGGCCACCCCGUGUGCUUUCCUCGUCUUCUACAUCAACAGUCAGCAUCGUUUUCUGGGUGCGGUGAGCAAGCUGGAGUCCAACUGGCCGGAGAUCAGCACCCAGUGGAAGACCCUGGUGGUCAGUGCUGUCUGGUGGUUGGCCCUGUUGGUGCUCACCCGCCAUGUGUGGUUCCCUCGUCAGUCCCGACUUGCCAAGUUCGAGCAAAUGUUCAUGAACCCUCUGUACUGUGGGAUCAUGACAACCGAAGCCUUGCUGCUCAACCGCCGGCGCCACACCCUGACGGUGCUGAAGAGGCGAGACAAGACCACCGACAAAGUCUACUUCAGGCUGGCCACCUCCGAGCAAAAGGACAAAGGUCACGGCAGUAUUGGCAAUGAAGACUGUUACUCAGAAAUCGGAGACAUGUCGGCCGCCAAGUCCAUAGACCCCUACAGCACGGUGCCAAACCAAAAGAAGGAGGACGUCCCCAUGAUCUACGCAUGCGCAACUAUGUGGCACGAGAACCGACGAGAAAUGAUUGCUUUGCUGCGAUCCCUACACAGACUGGAUCACGAACAGUGGAUGCGAAGGCAAGCUCAGGAACUGGCUGGAGUUCGUGACCCUGACUUCUUUAACUAUGAAGCUCACAUUUUCUUUGACGACGCUAUGACGAUUGAUGACAACGACGAGGCCAUCCCCAAUGACUUUGUCAAGCUGCUCGUGGAAGUCAUGGAGGAAGCCGUCAGCUCCGUCCACAGACGGACAAUGGAGGUCAUGGCGCCCAUCAAGAUCCCCACACCAUACGGAGGCCAGUUAUUAUGGGUGAUGCCUGGAGGAAACCUGCUGUUCGUCCACAUGAAAGACAAGGCCAAAAUACGCCACAGGAAGAGGUGGUCACAGGUGAUGUACAUGUACUACCUGCUGGGCUACCGACUGACCCGACAGUGCGAGGAAAUGAUCGUGGCGGCCCUGAGGGACGGUCAGGUAGAUGACAGGAAUGGCUGGAGACUGGACAGGGAUGAAAUUGUGGGCAGCCAGAUCUUUGAGAUUCUCGACGAGAGUGUCACACGAAUGUCGCACAACACCUUUGUCAUGGCGCUGGGGGACACGGACUUCUCGCCAGGCUCUGUCCACAUUCUUCUCGAUCGCAUGAAGAAAAACCCCAAAGUCGGCGCCGCGUGUGGUCGAAUCCAUCCUAUUGGGUCAGGUCCAAUGGUCUGGUACCAGAUGUUUGAAUACGCCAUCGGCCAUUGGAUGCAGAAGGCCACUGAGCACGUGCUAGGCUGCGUGCUGUGCAGCCCCGGAUGUUUCUCCAUGUUCAGAGGCUCCGCCCUCAUGGACGAUAACGUGAUGAGGAAGUACACCAUCCUGCCCACCGAGCCCGGCCACUACCUGCAGUACGACCAAGGUGAGGACAGGUGGCUGUGCACGCUGCUGCUGCAGCAAGGUUACCGAGUCGACUACGCCGCGGCUGCUGACGCGUGGACGUACGCACCGGAAGGCUUCAACGAAUUCUUCAACCAACGGCGCCGUUGGAUGCCGUCGACACUGGCCAACGUCAUGGACCUGCUGGCCGACUACAGCAACACCGUGGCCGUGAACAGCAACAUCAGCCUCCUGUACAUCGUCUACCAGGUGGCACUCAUGAUCGCCACACUCAUUGGCCCCGGGACGGUUCUCAUGAUGAUAGCUGGUGCCAUUGACGUAGUCUUCAGUGUGGGUCUGGUGUGGUCCUAUGUCAUCGCCAUCAUACCCGCGGCUAUCUUUACCGCUGUUUGCAUGAAGGGCAGUACUAAUGUCCAACUGUACCUGGCUGGAAUUCUCAGUACGUUCUACGCCUUUGUCAUGAUGAUAGUGUUCGUUGGUGUCAUCAUCACCGCUGUAAGAGAAAGCAUUUUUCACCCCAGCGUAAUCGUCAUCACCAUUCUCAUCAUCAUUUUCAUCUUCGCUGGACUUUGUCAUCCACUGGAAAUGUACUGUCUGCCGCCUGGUGCGAUGUACCUCCUGUGUAUUCCCUCCGGAUACCUGCUGCUCGUCAUCUACUCGCUCUGCAACCUGCACGUGGUGUCCUGGGGCACCAGAGAAGUUGCGAAGAAGAAAACAAAGCUAGAGCAAGCAGAAGAAGCCAAAGCAGCUGAGGAGAGAGCUAAGGCAGCUCAAAAGAAGAAAGGAUUUUUCAGCAGAUUCUUCUUCUCCUCCUACCUGACGGAGCUGAGAGAACUCCUGCAGAGUGUCACCAGCAACAUAAGUAGACCUGGAAGAGCAAAGGAAGACGACCGAUCCAUUCAACUGUUGGAGGAAAUCAACGAAAACCUAAAAAAACUCAACAGGGAUAAAGAAAAGGACAUACUCCCUCAAAGUCUUCCAACACCUAAAGUGCACCGGAGGUGACAAUUGAUAUCGUUGAACCCAUCGCCAAGUCGGAACCGGCAAAGGAACCAAAGACAAAACACGUUCAGAUUUCGGAAGAGGAACCCAAGAUUCAGCGGGACGAACUCGUAAACCCUCGAUGGAUAGAGGAUGAGGGGAUUGGCAAAGGCUUAGAAAUGAAACUCUUGGAAGAAGAACAGAAAUUUUGGAUAGAUUUCAUCGAGAA